GGGAAGCAGCUAAGACUGAGCAAUCUUGUUUGAUCCGAUCCGGAUUUCUUGAUUGUUAGAAGAGACUAGAGUACCAUCCGGUUUCCGACGCGCAUAAUCUCGAUAUUGCAAUGAUUUUAUAGUUCUUGAAAUACCAAAAAAAAAAAAAAGAAAAAAAAAAUGGGUCCACGAGUUACACAGAUCCUUCUGCUUCUCCUCUUUAUUCUCAUAUCCAGUCACGAUGUCAAAUCCGAACACGAAAACGAAACCCCACAAAAAAUAAUAACCUCCCCACAUAGGAAUGCAGGGGGUGGUGUAAUAGAUGGGUCCGGUACAGAGCAUAUUGAUAUAGGUGAAGAUAAUAAUAAUAGGGUUUCGGUAUCGACGGUUGCUUUGUGUACGCUUUUAAUGGCUGCAGCGACUGGUUUAGGCGCUGUGCCGUUCUUUUUCGUUGAGCUCGAUCCUCAGCUGGCUGGGAUAUGCAACGGAAUGGCGGCAGGUGUAAUGCUUGCUGCUAGUUUUGACCUAAUACAAGAAGGGCAGGCACAUGGGAGUGGUAGUUGGGUCGUUUUCGGUAUUUUGGCCGGGGGGAUUUUCAUAUGGCUUUGCAAGAAGUUGCUCGAGCAAUACGGUGAAGUGAGCAUGCUGGAUAUAAAGGGAGCGGAGGCAGCUAAAGUGAUUCUUGUAGUUGGAAUUAUGACUCUUCAUUCGUUUGGAGAAGGUUCCGGUGUCGGAGUUUCGUUUGCCGGCUCAAAGGGUUUAUCUCAAGGUCUAUUGGUUACUUUGGCAAUUGCUGUGCAUAAUAUACCCGAAGGCUUAGCUGUUAGUAUGGUCCUCGCGUCGAGGGGAGUGUCUCCUCAUAAUGCCAUGUUGUGGAGUGUAAUUACGUCUCUGCCCCAGCCUAUUGUUGCGGUGCCUUCGUUUAUAUGUGCCGAUGCGUUCAACAAGUUCUUGCCUUUUGCGACGGGAUUUGCUGCUGGUUGUAUGAUUUGGAUGGUCAUGGCUGAGGUUCUUCCGGAUGGUUUUAAGGAAGCGUCCCCGUCUCAUGUCGCAUCUGCAGCUACACUUUCUGUCGCUUUCAUGGAAGCCCUCGGUGCUGUUUUCGAGCAUUUCAGCCACAACUACAACCCAGAGGACGCCUCCGGCUUGCUCGUGUCACUACUAUUCGGGCUGGGCCCACUCCUGGGAGGUGCAGCCCUUGUCGCAUUCGCCCUCGCCUUCAAGCUCCAGCACGCCCUCCUCACCGGAUUAGCCUCUGGCACCGCCUUCAUCCUCGCCACCUGGCGGCCCCUCCAACUACUCCUUUCCUCCAAAAUGGGCCCACUCCCGAUCAUCUUCCUUCUCUCACUAGGAUUCGCAUUCGCCCACGUACCCAUAUCCAUCGUCUCAAAAAACCUCGGGGCCCGCAAGAAAACCUCCGCACACACCUUAGCCUCUUCUGCCGCCGCCACCUACUCCCUGAGCGCACUCACCCUACAGUCGAUCUUGUCUUGUUCCGCAAUCGCUCUCCAUGCCCUCGCGGAGGGGCUCGCCUUGGGGGUGGCGGCCCCCAAGGCGUACGGGUUGGGUAGGCACAUGGUACUACCCGUUUCUCUCCAUGGGUUCCCACGUGGGGCCGCCGUCGCCAGCUGUAUAUUCGGGGCGACCGCCAGCUGGCAGGGGGCGCUGUUUUCGGCGGCGGUUAUUGGGUUUGUGGGCCCACUUUCGGCGAUUGGAGCGAUACUCGGUGGGAUUGACUAUAGUGGAUUGGACCAUGUGAUGGUGUUCGCGUGUGGGGCCCUCUUGCCGUGCUUUGGGGGGAUUGUUAGGAGGGCGGUGAAGUUGGAUAAGAGGAGGGGCGUUUUCGGGAUUUUUGUCGGGGUGGCGUUUGCGAGUGUGUGUUUGACGUUUACGAAGCUUGUGUGCUUGCAUACGCCUUAUUGCAACUCGGCUCCCGAGGCUGUAAGAUGAUUUUUGUAGAGUCGAAAAUUGUGAUCAACGUACUUUUUAUGUCAAUUGUAAUAUGAAUUUUGCCUUUUUCGGCAGUUUUUUUUUUUAAAUUGGGUAUAGGGAUUAUUUUUGAAGUAUAUGGUGAAAUCAAAUUUAACAGACGGAAUAUUCUGUUCCAAAUCAUACUUUAAGUGUUUAAAUUAAUGACGUCAU